AUGUGCAUCAAUUCCAAGAGAGUUAAAGCAUUUGCGCGAGUCAAGCCGACGGCAGACUUUCCUCAAAACAUGAUCAGAUUUGGGGCAGACAACAAGACAAUUGAGGUGUACAUUGAGAGGGAUCAUUCCAAAGGCGUUGUCAACAACAAGCAGACAGACUGGUCUUUUAAACUAGAUGGCGUUCUUCAUAACGCGCCUCAGGACGUGGUUUAUGACGCUGUAGCCAAAGACCUCGUCUCGCAGGCACUAAAUGGAUAUAAUGGGACUAUAAUGUGCUACGGGCAAACUGGAGCUGGCAAGACAUUCACCAUGACAGGAACAACAGGAAACUUCAAGCACAGGGGGAUCAUACCUCGAGCUAUCCAGCAGGUCUUCAAGUCCAUGGAGGAGCACAGCAGCCAGUUUAUCACUGUUCGGAUUUCUUAUCUGGAGAUUCACAAUGAGAUAAUUUCUGACCUUUUACCAUCGACCCAACUUGGCUCAGUCAGUGACGUUCCAUUGUCUAUAGUGGAAAGUCCCCAGGGGGUUUCGGUAAAAGGUCUCUCUAUACAUUCUGCUCCUAAUGAAGAAGUUGCUUUAAAUUUUUUGUUUGAGGGCGACACCAACAGAGCUGUUGGUCAACAUGCCUUGAAUAAGCAUUCCUCCAGGUCCCACUGCAUCUUCACCAUUUACAUUGAGUGUCAUUCCAGAAUCCUUUCAGAUGCCAGAUAUGUCACCUCCAAAAUUAACUUAGUGGAUCUUGCAGGCUCAGAGAGGCUGUCAAAGAGCAAAUCAGAGGGAUUUGGACUGAAGGAAGCAACUUACAUCAACAAGUCACUGUCAUUCCUCGAACAGGUUGUCAUCGCCUUGUCAGACUACAACCGGGAUCACGUCCCCUUCCGCCAGAGCAAGCUGACUUACACCUUGAAGGAUUCAUUAGGUGGGAAUUGCAACACUGUCCUUGUGGCUAACAUCUGCAGUGAGGCCAUUCACAUAGUGGAGACGCUGUCCACACUUCGUUUUGCCACCAGAAUGAAAUGGGUGACUACUGAGCCAAUUGUAAAUGAAAAAAUCGACUCGGAGAGGAUGGUGAAGAACUUGGAAAAAGAGGUCCUCUACCUGAAGGAAGAGUUGGCAAUGCACAACAGUUUGCUCAAUCGCCCCCCAGUGUCUUAUGAGCCUCUGAAUGAAAUCCAGAUAGCAGAAAUCAACUCUCAAGUCCGUCGGUAUCUGGAUGGAACCAUUGAUGAGUUAGACAUCAUGAGCAUCCGGCAAAUCCAGGAAGUGUUUAACCAGUUCAAAAUCAUCUUAAGCCAGCAAGAUCAGGAAGUGGAAGCCAGAUUGCGGAGCAAGUACACCCUCAUAGACAAGAACGACUUUGCGACUCUGUCUGCCGUUCAGAAGGCAGGACUGGUGGACGCUGAUGGCCAUCUGGUUGGAGAAAUGGACGGGCAAGGGUUUGGCAUCGGAACUGCCCCUUUCUCCUCCAAGCCUGGCAAAAAAAUGAAAGCGAAGAAAGGCAAGGAACAGACCAGCCCCACAACACGGAAGGAAGGUUUGGGGAGUCCUCUUUCUGGAAAGGAUCUGGACUCUGUUUCAGUAUCUCGCAGCCAAGUGGUGGCAACCGCCAAGGAGCUGGAGGGGAAAGACGCUCUAGUCCGUGACCAGGACCUCUCCAGCCUUGACACACAUCGUUCUGACUCAGCACCGAAAGAUGAUGCCAGCUUCAGGCCCAGUUCCCCACCUCCCAAGAUAACAGCCUUUGAGGAUUUCAAGAAUGAGCGGGGAAGCGAAAUUAACCGGAUCUUCAAGGAGAACAAAGCCAUCUUGAACGACCGCAAGAAAAAAAUGAACAACAUUGUUCAGAGGAUCAACAUGCUCAAGCAGGAGAUGGAUACCACCCGCCAGGCCCUUGAGGUCCAGAAGUUGGAACGGGAGCAGCAAGGUGAAUACCUGAAUGAUGAAGGGCAGAUCAUCAUCGAUGAAGAAGAAUUCCUCCUGAUCAUGAAGCUGAAGGAUCUGAAGAAGCAGUACCGGGAAGAUUACAACGAGUUGCGAGAUCUCCGCUCUGAGGUCCAGUACUGCCAAACCCUGGUAGAUCAGUGUCGCAAUAGGCUGCUCACAGAGUUUGACAUCUGGUAUAAUGAGUCAUUCCUGAUCCCAGAAGAGGUCAAGGAAGCCCUGAGGCCUGGAGGAUCCAUCAGGCUUGGCAUGAUUCCAAUAAACAGAGUCCUGACUCUGGAUGAAGACGAACAAGAGAGAUUUGACCGAAUGCAACAGGAAGUGUUGCCUUUUUGCCCAGCUUCUGUUUCCUUCUAUAAUGCCAAGGCAAAGGUGGACCGUAAGCACAAAUACUCUCGAGCCAUGACCGCCUUUGAGCAAAUGAGGAAGAAGCCCGGAUCGGUCCAAGCUGCAGUGAAAAACAAACCCCCGUCUGUCUUGGACAUCGUGUAG